CAGCAUCCUCCCCACAACCGCUACUAUUCGGUACAGGAGGGGAGGGAGACGUAUUCAAACACAAAGCAUGACGUUCAAUCUUUUCUGUUCGUGCUCAUCUACACUGGAUUAUAACAUCGCGCUUUAUUUGAAAGACAGGAAAAGGAGCAAAGCGAUAUGGGAUUUUCAGAAGGUGGAAUAAUGCGGACAAAACUGCCGACAUGGCGUACGCUUUCGUGGUGGCAUCCCUUCUUUCUGUUGUGGAGUACAAUAGACGCUCAGACUCGCUACAGCAUCCCGGAAGAACUGAAACCGGGUGCUGUUGUUGGAAAUAUAGCCAAGGAUUUGGGUUUGGUUGUUUCAGAAUUGUACCGGCGUGACUUGCGGAUAACCUCUGAAGCCGGUAAGCAGUUCUUUAACGUCGACCUGGGAAAAGGAGAGCUGGUGGUGGCUGAUAGGAUAGACCGAGAGGAUCUGUGUGGACAAAGGGCGUCGUGUUUGCUGCCUUUAGAAUUAGUUAUAAAUAACCCGCUGCAGCUGCACAGAAUAGAAAUUGAAAUCCUGGACACAAACGACAACUCUCCUGUUUUUACGACUAAAGAAAAAGUGGUCAAAAUUGCAGAGCUGGUGAAUCCAGGUGCACGAUUUCCACUAGAAGCUGCCCAGGAUCCUGAUGUUGGGAUCAAUUCCGUGCGCUCCUACCUUCUGAAUAAAAAUGAGCAUUUUAAAUUAUCUGUUAAAAAUCAAAAGGACGGCAGGAAGACGCCCGAGCUGGUGCUGGAGAAGCCGCUUGAUAGAGAAAGGCUGCCUGUACACAACCUCAUCCUCACUGCUGUGGAUGGGGGGGAUCCGGUGCGAUCAGGCACAUCUGACAUCACAGUUAUAGUCCUUGAUAAUAAUGAUAAUGCUCCACAGUUCGAAAGAAACGUAUACGAAGCUAAUGUAAGUGAAAACGUAACUCCCGGAUCUGAAGUUUUGCGCGUUAAAGCCACAGAUCAGGAUGAAGGAUUAAAUGGAGAAAUUGAAUAUUUUUUUGCAGAGCUAACUGCCGAUCUAAUUAUGUCUUUAUUUGACAUUGAAUCCUCCACUGGGAGUAUUAUUGUUAAAGGGGUCUUAGAUCGCGAAAACAACGCUUUGCACCGAUUUGAUGUCACUGCAAAAGACAAAGGAAACCCUGAGAUGGAUGGGCAUUGCAGUGUGGAGGUGAGAGUUACUGACAUUAACGAUAAUAUUCCUGAAAUAAUUGUAACAUCCUUAACGAGCCCCGUUCCAGAAGAUUCCGUGCUCGGUACCGUCAUUGCACUAAUUAGCGCAAAAGACCCAGAUUCUGGUGAAAAUGGUAAAGUUACGCUGACUGUUUCUUCUGAUUCGCCAUUUAAGCUAAAUCCCUCCGUCUCAAAUCAUUAUUCCUUAGUGACAAAUGGGAAGCUGGAUCGGGAAACAUAUAGUCAUUACAAUGUUAAAAUUAGUGCUGCAGAUUCUGGGAAACCCGCUCUCAGAAGUGACAAAACAAUCCUCGUUGAGCUCUUGGAUACAAAUGACAAUGCGCCAGUUUUCUCACAAAAUUCUUAUAACGUGUAUUUAAAGGAGAACGGAGUUCCGGGUUCUAUUCUGUUCUCAGUAUCCGCGUCUGACCUGGAUUCAGGUGAAAACGCAAAGAUCUCUUACUCCAUUCUGGACUCGAAAGUCCACGACGUGUCCGUGUCCUCCUAUGUUUACAUGAACUCAGAGAACGGCAGCAUCUACAGCAUGCACUCGUUUGACUAUGAGAAGCUGAAGGUGUUUGAGAUCCACGUUCAGGCAAAGGACCAGGGCUCUCCUUCUCUCAGCAGCAACGCUACUGUCCACGUCUUUAUCCUGGACCAGAACGAUAACGCCCCCGCUGUCAUUUACCCCUCCUCCGCUGCUCUGGGCUCCCUCUCUCAUCAGAGGAUGCCCCGCUCCGCCAAAGCGGGUCACCUGGUUACCAAGGUGACGGCGGUGGACGCUGACUCGGGCCAUAACGCCUGGAUCUCCUACAGACUGGCGGAGGCCACAGACGCCUCUCUGUUCACCGUCAGUCUGUACACAGGAGAGGUGAGGACUAAACGCGCUGUGUCCGAGCAGGACGACUCCUCUCAGAGGCUGAUCCUAGAGAUCAAAGACGACGGAGAGCCGCUCCAAUCCGCCACCGUCACGGUGUCCAUCCUGCUGGAGGACGCUCUCCACGAGCCCAUCUCAGAGCUGCGACACCACAAAGCGUCCGAGCCCAGCAAGAAAACGGGCAGAAUCACCCUUUAUUUGAUUCUGUCUCUGGCCUCGGUGUCCGUGCUGUCUCUGCUGACUUUUGUCAUCUUAGCGGUGAAAUGCAUGAGGAACAGCAGAAGCAGCGGCAGCUGCUGCUGCAUGAGACGCAGCGACUCGGAUGAUUACAAGAACCCCAACAGAAACCUGCAGAUUCAGCUCAACACCGAUGGACCUAUCAAGUACGUGGAGGUCCUGGGAGGAGACAUGAUGUCUCAGAGUCAGUCCUUCAGGUCCUGCAUGUCUCCCAUGUCAGAGUACAGUGAUUUCACUCUGAUUAAACCCAGCAGCACCACAGACUUUAAGGAGGUCAUCAGUGUGCUGGAUGCCUCUUUACCUGACAGCACAUGGACCUUUGAGAGUCAACAGGUGAGCAUAAAAAAACUUUCUUGUGUGUAUUUUUUUCUUUUUUCCUGUUUAAAGCCUGAAAAGGUCUAUAUGCCAUUCAUUAUCCCUCUAUCGUGUCAGUGAUAAUAUAUUACCUUUGGUACACAAACUAACGAUUUUUUAAACUAAAUAUUUAUUAUUUUCCUGAGUU